CUAAACUGUGUAGUGUGUACGAGUAAUGACGGAAAUGACAUUUAUUAAUGACGGAUAUAGAGGUCAAAAUUUCCGAAUUUGUGUUCAACUUCAAAAAAUCCUAACGGUUUCACACGCGUGAACGAUUUUAACUUAUUGAAUAAUAACUGUAUUGCUUAAAGAAUUAAAAUGACUAAUACUAAUGUAGACGACCUCACCAAUGCUUUACAAGGCACGCGUGUGAGCCCUAGUGGCGUCACUUUUGCCGGCCAAUCUUUGAAACUUGACACAGUGGAAGAUGCGAAAAGUGUAAUUGAAGAAAUUGAAAAAUGUACCAACCUUCAGUUCUUGAACUUGGAAGGCAAUACUUUGGGAGUAGAAGCUUCCAAAGGCAUUGCGAAAACAUUGGAGAAACAUCCGGAAUUUAAGAGAGCACUAUGGAAGGAUAUGUUCACAGGAAGAAUGAAAACAGAAAUACCAAAGGCUUUGGAAUUUCUUGGAAGUGGUUUAGUAACAGCAGGUGCACGCUUGACUGAACUUGACAUGAGUGACAAUGCAUUUGGCCCUAUUGGCGUUGAAGGACUUGCUGCUCUUUUGAGGAGCUCUUCAUGUUAUGCUUUGGAAGAACUUAAGUUAAACAACAAUGGCUUAGGUAUCACAGGUGGUAAAUUAUUAGCAUCAGCUCUAACAGAUUGCUACAACUCAAGUAAAGAAACCGGAAAACCACUACAACUGAAGGUUUUUAUCGCUGGCAGAAACCGACUUGAGAAUGAUGGAGCCAAAGCCCUUGCUGAAGUUUUCAAGAUGAUUGGCACACUUGAAGAAAUCGCAAUGCCCCAGAAUGGAAUCUACCACAUAGGCAUAUCAGCUCUAUCUGAGGCUUUUACCCAAAAUAAAAAUUUACAAAUUUUAAACUUGAAUGACAAUACUAUCGGUGAAAAGGGGGCAGAGGCAAUAGCUAAAGCUUUACCACAUUUGCAACAAUUGAAAGAAAUCAAUUUUGGUGAUUGUUUGUUGAAGACUGCAGGAGCUAUUUCUCUCGCAGAUGCUUUAAAAACUGACCAUGCUAACUUAGAGGAAUUGACUCUUGGCCACAAUGAGAUUCGUUUGAAAGGGGGGCUUCAGUUGGUUAAGGCUAUGGCGAAUAAAAGUAAAUUGAAAGUUUUAAAUUUGAACGGCAAUCAGUUCGGGGAGGAAGGCAGAAAACAGAUUGAGAAUGAAAUUAAACAAAUUGGAAAACUUAACUCUCUGGGCAGUUUGAGUGAAGAUGAGUCUGAAGACAGUGAGGAGGAAAGCAGUGAAGAAGUGUCUCACACUGAAAGUGACAUGGAAGAAGAAAUUAUUCAGUCUAAAACAGCCAGCGAUUUUCUGAAUUCGCCAACUGAAGAAAUUUUUAUCGCACUUGGCGAUGCAAGAAAUGAGCUGAUUUUAAGAGAGGCGAAAAAAGGUGAUGAUAUUGAUGUCAAUAUAUUCAUUCCAGUUUUAAUGAAAGUAGCAUCUCUUGCCAAUAGUAGUAAAGAAAAUGUCUCAACAUUGGCACUCUCUUGUUCAGAAAGAUUAUAUAAAGAAUUGUUUUCAUGGUCAGAAAAGACUAACAAUUCUUGUUUGGUUAAUAAUACAAUUUUAGUACAUUUAGGUUUAAUAAAGUCGGAAGAUAAAAAAUUCAAACCAACGUGGAACAUGGAUGCUUGUGCAAAGGCUUUGAGAAGUGUUAUGGACAAAAAUUAUGUCACAGAAAUUACAAAAAAUACCUUCACUGUGUUUUUACAGAAGGAUAAAAGUGGGAGCAGAUGAUCAUGUGUUUAUUUUUUUUUAACUUUUUACCUCGUUUUUAACGUUAUUAAAAAUUGCCAAAAAUUGA